AUGCAGCAACAGCCGACGAUACACCUCGAGCAGGACAGCAAGACGGAAGGAAUACAAGCUCCCAAAGAGGCCGAUGGAAAGGACAGAGAACACCACGACCUCUCGCGCCUCCCGGCCUCUGAGGCCCUCCGUCUGGUCAGCGCCAGCCUGGAGCGCCUCGUUCGUAUCACCGGAGACGUACCACCCACGCCACCGCCACGCACGCCCACGGACCCGCAGAUGAGCGGACUCUUGGCCGAGAAGGAUUUCAUGGCGCGCUACAGUCCUUCUAGAACCCCGCCGGCCGGAGGAGGAGGGCCAAGCAUUGGCAGUGACAGCACGACGACCACCUCCACCACCUCCGCCGGCGACGCGGCGGCAGGCACAGCUGCCACGACCACACCUCCCUCUCCCGCCCCGGCGACGACACGAGACGAUGGAAACAAGCUGCGGGCGUACAGAGCCGCCGUGGCGCAGCAGAUGCAGCUUACCCAGCAGCAGGCCAUCGACGGCGUGCGACUCAAGACCGUCCCUAAAUCCCCUGCUGCUCCUGCUCCGCCGUCAUCUCAACCGUCAUCGAUGACGACGCCUCCGGACGCAUCUGCCCCGGGAGAAGACGACAUGCCCAACGCCCCCCAGCAGCACGGCGCCAUCACCCGCAAGUUCUACAGCAAGCUGGAGCCCCCCAUCAGCAUAACGAGCUACAUGGCCCGUCUGCACCAGUUCUGCCCCGCCAGUGCCGCAGUCUACCUCGCCGCCUCCGUCUAUAUCCACCGCCUAGCCGUCGAGCAGGCCGCCAUCCCAGUCACGAGACGAAACGUCCACAGGUUGGCCCUGGCCGGCGUCAGGGUUGCCGCCAAGGCCCUCGAGGAUCUGGCCUACCCCCAUGCCAAGGUCGCGCGUGUCGGGGGCGUGAGCGAGUCGGAGCUGGCCAGGUUGGAGGUCAGCUUCUGCUUCCUGGCCGGAUUCGAUCUCGUCGUCGGAGAGGAGCUUCUCAACACUAGGUGGAUGGCUCUGAGGAGGGAUGACGAAGCUGAUGCCGAUGUGCCGCUGCUCAAACUUGGACGUCCUGGGAAGCAGCAGCUGUAG